UGAUAUUCUUCAGAGACUACAUACUGUGGUAAAAGAAAAAGAAGAGUUGCAGCAACUGGAGAUUGAACUACGGGCUCAGCUCAUUGCAAGAUCAGAGAUUAUGGAAAUACGGAAUACUUUUGAUGCUCAGAUGAAAGAGCACGCCAAUACCAAUGCUAAGUUUCAGGAGCAAAUACAUGAAAGGGAUCAGAAGAUUUAUGAGUUGGAGAGGAGGAUGGAAGAGAAAGAAAGGGAACUGCAUGCAAUUAGACUGGACAAUGAAGCGGCAUGGGCAAAAGAGGAUCUCCUUAGAGAACAAAGUAAAGAACUACAAACUUACAGGAGAGAGAGGGAUAGCACUGAAGCCGAAAGAUCUCAGCAUAUUAAACAAAUUCAUGAACUCCAAGAGCAUUUUCAAGAGAAGGAGCGCCAGUUCAUGGAAUUGCAGGAACAG